AUCCUCGACUCCUCGAUCAUUCUUCACCCGCGGCUUCCCAUUACUUUGCGACCGCAGCCGAAGCUCGACCUUGACAUCCGAAUCGGAAAUUGGACCUGCGCGAUGCCACCAAAAACCACACCAACCCGGCGCAAUCGCGCGGUACCUACUCGUGGAGGCGGAAGAGCAGGUAGAGGCGGGCGCAAGAGUGUUGGAAGCGCGAAGAAGGACAAUGAUAGUAUGCGCCUUGGCCAGCCUGGCCCUGCCCCCAAACAACGACGCAGGUACAAGCCGGGAACUGUGGCUCUGAAGGAGAUUCGCAAGUACCAGAAGAGCUCCGACUUGCUCCUGCUCAAGUCCCCUUUCCAGCGUCUGGUCAGAGAGAUCACUCAAGAUGUCACGACCAUAAACGGACCUGAUAGAUGGCAGAGUCAAGCCAUUCUCGCGCUGCAGGAAGCCACCGAAGCCUUCCUCGUCAGUCUCUUCCACGAUGCCAACCUUUGCGCCAUUCACGCCAAGCGAGUCACUAUACAGCAGAAAGACAUACAACUUGCUCGACGACUGCGCGCGGCCUGGGGCGCGCCGGUUUGAUCUGGAUGCCAUGCCCCAGACAGCUCUUAUAUUCAAGUCCCAUAUCUGCAGGUGGGCAAUUUUCUGGCCUACGAAAUUCUUCUUCCAUGUUGGAUGAAUAGGGUUGUGCAAGGUUGGGUGGCUACGCGCCAUUCUUUUUGGGGGCCCGGAUGUUUUGAGCUUUUU